GGGUAUGAUAGUUUACUUUCCAGAGCUCCAGAGGAAAUAUUUAAAAUAUUAUGGUUCUUGUAGUGACGGGAUUAAAAUAUAUUUCUUAGGUUAAAAACCAAUUUCUGUACUACAGCUCACUAAUUAUACUGUUAAAGUGCAUAUUGAAUAAUCACAGAAUAAAUUUGUUGUUAAAUAUUUAUAAAAAAAGCAAUCCAAUCAUGACACCGCCAAUGGAACGCAUUCAAAUUUUAGAAUUAAUUGAAAAAGAUAUUAUCAAUUGUUUACAAAGUGCCGGUCAAGUGUUUGUUGAACUUAGUAAAGAGAAAUCAAGUGUGAAACAAGCUGAAGCUCAAACCCAUCAAUUUUUAAAAUUAUUAAGCACUGUUGAAUCAAAACUAAGUGAACAAAUCAAUUAUCUUACUCAAGUUUCUACUGGUCAACCACACGAAGGAUCAGGUUAUGCGAGUCAGAAAGUUUUACAAAUGGCUUGGCAUAGGCUGGAACACGCCAGAAGCAGAGUUAAUGAAUUAGAUCGUAUAAAAAAUAAGCAUCUUCAUGGAAGAUCGAACAUUAGAUCAACGCAACCGUUAGCAUCGGCAACUGGCGCAUCAGUUCAAAUUUCAACGUCUAAUCCCAAUUCUUAGUUUUAUAUGAAUAUAUUGUUUAUAAACUUUUGUAAAGAAAUGAUAAAAUAUUCUAAUAGUCACAGUAAGAAGGUUCAUAAUUAUUAAAUUAUUAGUAAUAGAAUACAAUUAUAACAAGAUUAAUUUUUAUUAUCGCAGUAAAAUAACAUCUAUUCUAUGUAAUAAGAAUAAGAUUAAAAACUCAAUCACGAUAUACUAUAAGAUUUGUAUUCUGCUUAAACCAUUACUUUCAUGAUCAAGUUCUCAAUUCGUACAACAUAUACUAGAUUUUAUAAACAAAAUAAAUCAAUCCGAAAUAUAUACUGAAAAAUAUUUUAGUAUAAAGAAAUACUAAAAUACAUUAAAAGUUGUAAUUCAAUAAUCACUUUUGUCUCUAAGUUAACAUGGAAUUUGAUACAUUUAUGUUCCAUAAUUAUCUAUGUUUUGUAAAUAAAAUAUUUCUUAUACUUGAAUCUUUCUAUAA